AGCAAGCCCACCACCCACCCACCCUGCCUCGCUCGUUGCCGGCGAGCGACGCGGCGACGCGCCAUUGAUUUGCGCGACGCGGAAGCCUCGGCGGCGCGUCGGGUUCUCCUCGUUUUGGGGGCGCAUGUGCGCUGGCGCGCGAGAAGCGGCGAGGGAGAAGGCCGAUGGCCACCCAUGCCAUGCGCCUCCUCUAUCUUCGUCGUGUGGGGGUGAGACUGAGAGGAGGGGGGGCGCUCCGAGGACGCCGGCGAGCGAGGCGAGCAGCCAACCGCGCAUAAGUUUAAGGGCAGCCAGCCAUGAGCCACCCUCCGAGAUCCGGAUCUCCGCGCCUGCGUACCAUCGAUCUGGCAACGAAGCGGCCUGCAGCGGAGCAGCGCGGCAGGGAGGAAGAAGGGAGGAGGAGGAGAUGGUGCACGGGACGCUGGAGGUGCUGCUCGUCGGGGCCAAGGGCCUCGAGAACACCGAUUACCUGUGCAACAUGGAUCCAUAUGCAAUUCUCAAGUGCCGUUCACAGGAGCAGAGAAGCAGCAUAGCAUCAGGCAAAGGAAGUAACCCUGAAUGGAACGAAAACUUUGUCUUCACCGUGUCUGACAAAGCUACAGAGCUGUUGAUCAAGCUCUUGGACAGUGAUACUGGCUCAGCCGACGACUUUGUUGGUGAAGCAACGAUUCCUUUGGAAGCAGUGUAUACUGAAGGGAGUAUUCCACCAACUCUGUAUAAUGUUGUGAAGGAUGAACAUUACUGUGGAGAAAUCAAAGUCGGCCUCACAUUCACUCCUGAGGAUGUUCGCCAGCGUGGUCUUCCUGAGGACUUUGGUGGAUGGAAGCAAUCUCGUUAAGAAAAGCAGAUGCUUUCAGGUUUCUACAGUACUAUCAUAAGUUUGUUCAUCAAGACUUGAAACCCUGAAUUUACAUGUCAGUUUAUCAGGCUUCGUCAAUCAUGUUUUUUUAGGGAAAAGAAAAGGAUAUUUGAGGGAAACUUUGUCAAUCAUGUUAAAAAAAAGUAUUAUUUGUCUAAAGAUAGCUUUGAUUUAGGAUGUUGAUAUACUUUCUUAAUUAUUACUCGAAAUUAUAUGUAAUACGGUUUGUUGCUACUUCUCGUAAUAGAAACUGGAAGAACUGUAUUUUUCUUGUUCA